UACUCUCUCUACAACAAAAUUAAACAACGUUCGACGACAACCUGUGAGUACUCGAAGCCAUGUCUUGGGGUCCUUUUACUUCUGCUCGUUCAUUUCUGCUAUUGUUUCUGUUUUUAGGUUUGGGUUCUCGCAUCUGUUACGGUUCCGGGUUCGGUUUCGACAUCCACCACCGCUUCUCCGAUCCCGUUAAGGGAAUUCUCGGCUUCGAUGGCCUCCCAGAGAGAGGGAGCGUUGAAUACUACGCCGCUAUGUCACACCGAGACCGCUUGAUUCGCGGUCGUCAUCUCGCCGCCAGCGACGGCCAGACGUCGCCGCUCACUUUUGUCAAUGGGAACGAAACUGCUUUUUCCAACUCUUUGGGAUUUUUGCACUAUGCCAAUGUCUCUGUGGGGACGCCAAGUUUAUCAUUUUUGGUGGCAUUGGACACAGGCAGCGAUCUGUUCUGGCUACCAUGCGAUUGUAAGCCAGGAAGUUGCGUAUUUGCCUUGCAGAAUUCAUCACGUACUAUAAUAGACCUCAGCAUCUACAGUCCUAGUAAUUCAUCAACAAGCAAAAUUGUUUCCUGCAACAGCACUUUGUGCGGACAAACUCAAUGCCCUUCAGCAAAUAGUAACUGUCCUUAUAACGUAUCGUAUAUUUCUAGUAACACUUCAUCAACUGGGAUCCUCGUAGAGGAUAUUUUGCACUUAAUUACAGAUGAUGAUCAACAAAAAGCUGUUGACACUCCGAUUACUUUUGGUUGUGGUCAAAUUCAGACUGGUAUUUUUUUGGAGGGUGCAGCACCAAACGGUCUAUUUGGGCUUGGCAUUGAGAAUAUAUCUGUUCCCAGCACCUUAGCAAGAAAUGGGCUAGCUUCAAAUUCUUUUGCCUUGUGUUUUGGACGUGAUGGGGUUGGUAGAAUCAGUUUUGGAAAUAAUGGCAGCUCAGACCAAAGAGAAACACCAUUCAAUAUUAGGCAAUUACAUCCAACUUAUAACAUCAGCAUCACUCAAAUAACCGUGGGACAAAAUUCUUCUGAGUUGGAGUUCAGUGCAAUCUUUGACUCUGGUACAUCGUUUACUAGCCUAAGGGACCCAGCUUAUACUUUUAUUUCUGAGAGUUUCGAUUCCCAGAUCAAAGAGAAACGAUAUACAUCUGAUCCCCAGUUGCCCUUUGAUUACUGUUAUUACUUGAGUGCAAAUCAAACCAGUCCUGUAAUUCCUGAUGUGAAUCUGACAAUGAAAGGGGGAGACACAUAUUUUCUCAAUAAUCCAACUGUAAAAAUUGUCCCUACCCAGGAUUUCUAUUGUCUGGCUCUUCUCAAAAGCGAAGUUAAUAUAGACAUCAUCGGACAAAACUUCAUGACUGGCUAUCAGAUAGUUUUUGAUCGCGAGAGGAUGGUAUUGGGUUGGAAGGAUUCUAACUGUUACAAUGAUCAAACCUCGAACAACCUACCUAUCAGCCCAUGACAGCCUCCGGCUGUCUCCCCUGCUCUUCCUGUCGACCCGUAAGCCACAGGAAGCUUGGGAAACCAUUCUCACACUUGUUGUCGUUUGGAUUUAGGAGGAAACAAGUGUUGCUCUUUUAUUUUAAUUGUGAAUUUUUACAAGUACUAUCCUUUUAUUUUAUAUUAGUUAUGACUUUUCAUAAAUGUCAUUUUAUUUCCGUUGUGACUUUUCAAGUGGCAUUUCAUUCUAUAUAAAUAGAGAACUCCAUCCAUGAAUUUAGACUCUAAAUUCUCUAAAAAAUUAGAUAAACACUUCCUCUUGCAUUUUGUCUUCCUUUUUGUGGGCUUUGGCUAUUUUUGAUUGGGUUUGAAGACCUCCUUUUGUGUGCACUAAAAAAGAGAUUAACGGGAAACCGACAUUAUUGUAUCUUGAAAGUAAACUGUCAAGAAAUCUAGUGCAUGUUUAGAUAUGAAUGCGACAAAAUCUACUCUAAGAAAAGUGUCUUUCACAACGUGCCUUGAAAUCGGGUUCUCUCUUUUUAAUUUGUUCUGGUCAAUUUUAAUUUAAUCUCUAGUUUACCAAGCGUUUUCACAUAUAUCUUUUAUUAUCCAUAUUUUCCCAACAUUCUUAGAGUAGAGAUUCCCUUUGUUAAAUUACAGAUAUAGUGUUAAUUAUUUGAUUGUCAGCAGGACUUAUAAAGAACCUAUUGCACAAGAAAUUAGAAGGAGUCAAUUUUAAAUAUUGGCAAAAAAGAUGAAAAUCUUUCUAAUUAUACUUAGAUUAUAUUUUGUUAUUGAAAAUUAUCAUUCUUCUAAUGACUUACAUGAAGCCGCACGUACUGUUGAAUUGCAAACCUAUAAAGAAAAAAGAUCAUUUGUGUAAAUGUAUAAUUCUAAAUCAUUAAGUGAUACAUCUUUGAUAUUUACUU